AUGGCAACAUCAAGGUUUUUAAGCGUGGAACGUAGACUACAGCAGGAUGAAUCCUUGAGAGAAGUAUUUGUCAGCUUUAUGAAGGAGGAUGAAAACGCAGGACAUAUGCACGAGGUAAACAACAGUGAACCGGUAACCAAUAACCUUUUUUAUUUACCUCACCACCCAGUUGUAAAAUUGUCAAGUUUAACAACGAAGUUACGAGUCGUUUUUGAUGGGUCGGCCAAAAGUUCAACUGGAGUCUCACUUAAUGAUGUCCUUAUGUAUGGGCCCACAGUACAAGAAGAACUAUUCAGCAUAUUGAUACGAUUUCAAACGCAUCAGUAUGUUAUAACUGCUGAUGUAGAGAAGAUGUUUCGGCAAGUGGGAGUGUCCAAGGAAGAUUAA